ACGAUAUUUAUUUUCGAAAUCGAUAGUCCAGCACUUAUUAAAAUCAGUGUGACUAUGAAAGGCGCAAAAAUACCGAAUGUAUAUUUUUGGAAAUGCAAGUUACGGUCACAUUAAAUGCAACCCUGCUUGUGGAAGCGCGUCGUCUGCGCGUUUUGUAGCUCGUAGUUUUUUUUGUUGAGUUUUAAUUUUUAACUACUAUAAGUGAACGUGUGCGUGGUUUUGACUUAAAAGAAUGUAUUACGCGUAUUACCGUUGCAACUAAACCCACAUAAAAUGACCUCCAUUGAUAGUGUACGUGUGCUGCUGCAAUCGCUGCCAGCAGCAGCGCCCUCUGUCAGCAACAACAACAACGCGCUGCAAAAUGAGUUGACGCCGGCAAAACUUGGCGCUGCUGCAACUCCAUUGCGCGCGAGAAACGCGCAGCAGCAACAAUAUCAGCAAUAUGCUCCACAGCAGCUGUUCUAUGGCAACACGCCGGAAAAAUCAGCGCCGGGAGCAAAUGGUCAAGGGCAAGGAGCGCCAGAAGAAUUCUGGCGGGAUCUGCAUCAGUUUCACGAGCGGCGAGGCACGCCACUGACGCAGGCGGCCAAGAUCAGUGGACAACACGUGGAUCUGUAUCGACUUUACCAGGAGGUGACCGAACGCGGUGGCUUCAACAAGGUGAACAUGCGCGAUGAGUGGGACGAGGUUUAUAGUGCAUUGGACACGCUGCGCGAGCGCUGUGUGAAUGGCACCGCUGGCAUCAAGCACAUCUAUCGUCGCUACCUGGACAAAUACGAACGUUUGAAUUUCCACGGUGAGGAUCCCGACAAAUUAGAGGCACUGGAGGCUGCCAUCGAAUGCGCAGAACUGGGUGCCAGCGCUAGAGCACGCUCUCGUGCCUUGGCCAGCGGUGGCGGCGUUGGCAGUGGUCUGGGACUUUCCGGAGGUGGCUUGGGCAGCAUGUUUGGCAAUGCGCAUUCCACUUUGACGGCGGUGCCGAUGGCCUACAAUCAGCGGCAGCACAUCGUGAAUGCAGAUCGCCGGCGGCAGUACAAGAUGUCCACACAGCUGCACAAGCACAGCAGCUAUGAGAAACUGUUGCUGUCGCUCAUCUCACCGCUGCCUAAUGAGCAGGACUUUGCUAUCAAUGUGUGCACAUUGAUGGCCAACGAGCCACGUCCCACGUUGCAGCUGAGUGAGUGCCCCAAGUUACUGGACGUGCUGCUGGCACAUCUGGGCGUCUAUGCGGAUUACACGAUGCGUCAGCUCUUCCAGCAUGGACACAACACGGCUGGCGUGCAAGUGCGACGUCAUUCGAAGCUCAAUUUCUGGCGCGAUCUGUUGUACGACAAGCCACAGAUAUUGGAUUUGUAUACGGAUGAGCAGGCGUGGCUGGACAACGGUCUGAUUAGCAAGGAUGUCGACGCUGUUGGCAAUUUGGAGCAGCUGUCGGAUGAGUUUGACUUUGAGCUGGACUUUUUGAAUCUGCGUCGUAGCCAUGGCACCGACGAACGCAUUGGACAGCGUGUGCUGCAGAUUGUGCAGCUGCUGCGCAGCCUAAGUUUUCAUCAGGAGAAUGUGACGCUGCUUUCAGCGAAUCGUACGCUGUGGCGUUACCUGGUGAUGGGCGCCAAUGUACGCUGGAGCAACAUUCACAUUCAGGCCUUGGAGACGGCUGGGAAUCUGGCGCAGCAAUUCGAGCUUCUCGAUCCUGCCACAGACGAGUUGUCGCGCAAUUUGCUGUCCACGCUGUGCGAGGGCAUCGAGUCCAACGAUCGCGCCGUCAUCAUCAGCUGCCUGGAGAUACUCUAUAAACUGUGUGGACGUGAGGGCAACGCCCAGCAUAUAAGUCGCUGCCUGGGCUUGGAUUUCUAUCAGCGUGUCAUGCUUCUGCUCUCGCUCACCGAUGUCAUGUUGCUGAUCUUUACGCUGGAGGCGAUUUAUGCACUCAGUGCGCUGGGUGCUCGUCCCUGCUCUAUGCUAAUGCAGGUGCGUGGCCUGUUGGAUCAACUUGUGGCGCUGCUCACUGUAGAGGCGCAAUCCUACGGCGCUGCUGGCUGCAUUUUGAUGCGCGUUGUCGAGGUGGUGCCUGGGAAUAUGCUGCCCACAAUGACGCAGCCAAUGCCCAGCAACCAAUUGACGCAAAUGAUGACAGUGAAGCAACCGCAUCCCCAACCGCAACCAGCUCCCAUUGUGGCAGCACUGCCUCCGCCUGCUCCCACCCAAGUGCAAGUGUUGCCACCGCAGGCUGAAGCCGUCUCGGUGCCCGUCUCAAUUGUGCCUGCCCCCAAUCCAGCGCCGCCUGCGCUGCCUGUGCCGAGUCUGCCGCAGGUGCAGCUGCCCAUGCCCAGCUUGCCGCAAGUGCAGCUGCCGCCAGCUGUGCUGCAAGCCGCCGCCGCCGCCGCCGCCGCAGCCACAUCCUCCCAAGCAGCAACCGCGACUAUUUUGCCCGCUGCUCCCUCGGCGCCGCAGAGUUUUACCCAUGAGGACGAGACGUAUGCGCUCGCCUGGCUGGGCGCCACCUACGAGCGUGCUGGCAAUGGACACGAGCAUCGGGUGGAGCAGCAGGAGCUCUACACCAUCUAUCUGUCGCAUUGCCAGAAGGCGGGCAAGCAUUCGGUUGUGAAUCGCGUGCAAUUCCCGCGUCUCGUGCGACUCAUCUUCAAUCCUACCGUGGGACCAGCCAUUGUGCGCCAGGUGGAUGGCACCGAUCUGCCCGGAACACACUAUAUUGGCAUACGCAUGCGUGCCCAGCCGCUGCCCAUGCAACAGCACAAGGCAGCGCCGGCGGUCGUAGCUACAGCUCCAACAACUGUGGCAACUGUUGUUGCCGCUAAGAAGGAUGCCGCUGGCAAAGCGGAGCCAGCUGCUGGCGAGGCACAAGAGGAAGCGACGACAUCGGCGGUGGCCACGCCCAGCUCAUCGCUGAUCAAGAGUCUGCUCGCCAACAAGGUUAACGAGCGGCAGCUGAAGCAGAAGGCGCAAUCCCAGCCACAGCCACCAGCACUGGUGGCCACCACGUCCUCGGCGACGGGUUCACCAGCAAGCCAACCCAUUAAGGUCACUUCGACGGCGAUUAGUGCGUUCGUGAACAAUCCGCUGAUGCAACACACGCCCGUCAAGGUGGGUCAGACGACCAUUAAGCCAUUGCAUCCGCAGCUAGCGCUGGAGAAGAAGCCCAUAACGGACUCGGCGCCGCCGCCUCUGGCUCCGCUGAGCGGUGCUAAUGUGCUGACCAAGGACUCCCAAGGACGCACACUGAUCAUACAAUCCAAGCGCAAGCUAACCAUCGAUGAGGAGCAGAACAAACGGUUGGCCUUGGACAGCAGCAGUGUUGUUGGGGUGGCUGCUGGCAAGGAGGAGCCUCAGGUGACGCCCUCGAAGAAUGCGGCGAAUCUCUAUGCGGAUCUGGCAGCCUCCAUACUGGAGGACGAGGAUCUGGACGAUGUGCCGCCCCUGGCAGCAUCCACACAAGAGCAGCAGCCCACACAACAGCAUCAACAGCAGCAGCAACAACUGCAACUGAUUCCCGCCAAGGUGCAGCCGGCACAGCGACAACUGAUCUUUCCGGCGGGCAAUGCGACUGCGGCGCCGCCACAACUGAAACUGGCCACCACAGCGACCAUCAAGACGGACCAGGGACUGCAAACAGUGCCCGUCAUACUGCAGCAGAAGUCGGAGCAACAGCAACAGCAACAACCUACGCAGACACAGUACGUGUUGGCCACCAACCAGCAGGGACAGACCUAUCUGGUGGCCCAGCAGACGGCACCCGUGGCUGUGGCACCGCCCACGGCACCGGCCACGCCCACGCUGCUGGUGACACAGACACAGCCGCAGCACAAUCAGCAGACGAAGACGAUCAUCAUACUGCAACAGCCGCAGGGAGUGAGUGCAUCCAAUGUGCCUGGCACACAGAAGGUGAUCAUGACCACGGCCCAGGGACAACAGGUGCUGGUGACGACGACCACAGCGCCAGCUGGGGCCCAGCCACGCCCCCAAACACCGUCCGUGCAGCAACAACAGCAGCAACAGCAGCAGCCACAGCAAAUCUUCAUCAAUCCGCAGCGUGGAGUGCCAGCAGCUUUGGGUGCGGGUCAGAUGUCGCCUUCGCUGUUGUCGCAGCUCAAUCAGAUCCCGGCCACCAUCAAGCUGCAUCAGCCACAGCCUGCGGCACAUCAACAGCAACAACAACAGCAGCAGCAGCGAAGCAGCAUUGUGGCCACGAAGGCAUCGCCGAUUCCACAGCUGCAGCAGCAUCAAUCCAUCAUACAACAGCACAUCAUCUCGAGCCCAGCAGCGACCACAGCAGCAGCAGCGGGAGCAGUUGACAAGCGGCAAAUACUGCUGGGUGGCAUAAAGGAGACGACGCUGAUUACACAGACGCCGGUGACGUCGGCGCCACUGCAGCAAAGUCAACUGAAUUCGCAGACGAUUAUUACGACGCAGCCGCCGAUUGUGGCUGGUGCUCUGCAGCAGCAGCAGCAGCACAUACGCAACGUGCUCGAACAGCAGCAGCAGCAUCAUCCAUCCAUCAUACAGCAGAAGAUAUCGAUGCCCACAACGCAGCUGUCCGAUGCAGGCAAACCCAAGACGACGCCUGCGUUGCCCAUAGCCAAGAAACAGCUGCCGUUGGCAGCGUCGCCUGCGCCAUCUCUGAAGCCACCUCAACAACCACAGCAGUUGCCUGGAGCUACCAGCGAAUCGGCGAGCAAAGCCGUUGAAAGCAAGCCAGCGGAGCAAGUUGUAAGCGCUGCGGCAGUUGUUGCUGUGCCGGCUGCAACUUCGGUGACCAGCGUGAUCGCCCAACCCAAUCCCAAUGCUAAUCCUCAGCCAGCCGCUGCUGUGCCUGUUGCCCCCGUACCCGCUGUGCCCGUCGAUGCCAACUGGCUGUUCAUCUGCGAUUGGCGCAACUGUCCGCGUCGCAAGUUCAAGUCGCUCAACGAGCUGCAGCAUCAUGUGUGCAACGUGCACUGUCCCGAUCACUUGGAUGCUGGUGCCGAGAUCUAUUGCCAGUGGGGCAGCGGUCCCAGCCUGUGCGACAACAUUGCGCGCAAACGUUACUCGCUGAUGACGCAUCUGGUGGAUCGUCAUCUAGCACUGGACGAUCUGCGUGCAAGCGUUCAGCGUCGCCUUGCCACGGGCAUACACAAUGUGGCGCCCGCCCAGCCCACGGUGACCAUUGUGCGCAAUGCAGGGAAUGCGGCAGCUGCUGCGACGCCAGCAGGUAGUGCAGCAGCUCCGGCGACGGCAGCAACGGCAACCGCUGUUGGCACCUCUGCAUUGCAGGCGAUUAAGCGGCAUUCGGCUGAUUUCCUCAACUCGAAGGAACUGAUGGAUGAGAACGAGGGACCAGUCACGAAGAGCAUUCGCCUGACAGCGGCGCUGAUUCUGCGCAAUCUCGUGAACAACACAUCGACGGCAAAACGCAGCCUCAAACGCUAUGAGCCGCAUUUGGCGAAUGUGGCGUUCAGCAAUGUGGAGGCCAGCGGUGUUCUGUCGCACAUAUUGCACGAGCUGAGUCAGUAACAGAUUAGGUGUCUAACAUAUAUCUACUAUAUACUAUUGUUUAUACAUACAUGUAUUUUUGUACGCUAUUCUCCAUGUGCUGCUCUUACAAAAUUAUCAACAACAAAUUAAUUCAACUAACGACACUACUUAUAAAAUGUGAACAGAAUUGAGUUGCUAAAUUAAUAUACACACAUAAUAAUAUUUUAA